AUGGAGAAACUUAUUAAAUCUACCACAUCAUUAUUAUCCUUAUCAUCUUCUCGAAAAAUCUCAAUUAAACAUUAUAAAUCAAUAAUUAGUAUUCUUUUCAUAAUUUCCUUAAUCUUAAUAAUAUUAACCACCACUAUAACAGUAAAAUAUGAUUUAGAAAAGUUUACCCCCUUCACUACCACUAUUAGUACAACUUCCAAUAAACCAUUUAAACCAUUUAAACCAUCAUCACCAAAGCAACAAGAUAAAUUACAACAAGAAAUUGAUCAACAUCAAUUGGACAACAACAACAACAACAAAGGCAACAAGAAGAAAGAUAAACGUAUAAUUAUUUUCCCCAAUAAUUUCCCUUUAAUUAAAGAUGAUCAAUUAGUUAAAUAUUAUACUGAAAUUAUGAAUCAAGCAUUAAAUCCUCAAGAUUUAAUUUAUCGUAAUCGAUUUGAUUAUAAAAUUCCUCAAUUUAGUUAUUCAACUCAACAAUUUGAAUUAUUUAGUGAUGAUAUAAAUAAUAAUAAUGAACAAUCAUCUUCACAAUGCCUGAAAUUAUCAAAUCAAAUUAAUAUUAAAACAAGUCGAGCAAUUAAUAAAAAUGGUAAUUUAAGACAAAUAUUAACUCGAUUUUUACAAGAUGAUGGUCCAUAUUUCCAAGAAUUUUCACCAUUUUUCCCUAAUUUAAAAGAACAAUUACAAUUGAGUAAUAAUAAUGAUAACAAUGAUGAUGAUAAUGAUGAUAUAAUUAAAAAACAUUGGUAUCAAUUUAUUGGAUCAACAGUAUGGUUACAACAAUAUGGAGUUCAUUUAAUGAUUUCAAGAAUUAUUUAUACUGAAAAAGAUCAAGGAUUACCAAUAAUAUCUUUAGCUUAUUUACAAUUAUUUGAUAGAAAUUGGAAUGAAUUAAAUGAUGUUGAAUUGAUUAUCCCAGAUCCAAAAUCAAAUUCAAAACCAAAUUAUAAUAAGGAUAAUAAUAAUAAUAAGGAAAAUAAUGAUAAACAAUUAAAAUAUAAAUCAAUAAUUUAUCCUUAUUUUGCUCCAAUACCAAUUUAUCAUAAUAUUAAACAAUUAAAAAAAAAUAAUGGACGACAAUUUUAUGGAGUUGAAGAUCCAAGAAUUAUAUUAAUUCAAAAUGAAUUUGGUUAUGAAGAACCAAUUAUAAUUUAUAAUUCUCAUCAUAGGAAAAUUCUGAAAAUCGAUCAUGAUAAUAAUCAUGAUAAUGAUCAAGAAGGGAAAAUUAAUUUUAAAAAUUAUCGGUCAUUAUUUAUUGGUUGGUUAUGGCAAACUCAAAUUGGAAAAUUUAAUCUUGAACAAUUAUCAGAUAUUGAUUAUAGUAAAAAGAAUGAAUAUAUUAAAAUUAAACAAUUAACUCGACCUAAUAAUCAACAGAAUUUAAUAGAAAAAAAUUGGUCAUUAUUUUUAAAUCAUCAAGAAAAAUUAAUUGAUGGUUAUCAUUCAUUUAUUUAUUUUAUUUAUCAAUUUAAAAAUUUAAAAAUUUUGAAAUGUCCAAUCACCACCACCACAACCAACAAUAACAAAGAAAAUGAUAAUGAUAAUGAUAAUGAUAAUGGUUGUCAAUGGGAAUAUCAAAUUCAUGAUGAUAAUAAAUUUGAUUCAGGAUAUUUACAUGGUGGUACUGAAUUAAUUAAUAUCAAUGAAAUAUUAGAAAAUUAUUUAUCAUCAACAUCAACAAUAUCAUCAAGUUCAAGUUCAAGUUCAAUUUUUGGUAAUGGUAAACAAUUAAUAAAUUCAAUUAAAGAUAAAUUACCUUCAAAUCGUCAAUUAUGGAUUGGAUUUGCUCGAGCAGCAAUGAAAAAUUGUGGUUGUGGAGAAAAAAUGUAUCGACCAAAUAUGGUAAUAUUAAUUAAAGAUACUACUACUACUACUACUACUACCACUACCACCUCCACCACCGAUUCUGGUUUUGGUUUUGGUGAAUCAAAAUAUAAAUUAACUCAUGUUUCAUCAUUUAUGGAUUUAGGUAUUGAAAUAUUACCAUGGUGGGAAGAUCAAGGAUUAUGUAAAGGAAAUAAUGUUGUAAUACCUAAUGGGAUAUCAAGUUGGACAAUUGAAAAUGAAAAUGAAAAUGAAAUUGAAUCAAAAUUAAAAUCAAAAUCAAAAUUAAAAGUAAAUAAUUUAAUGGAUUAUUUGAUAUUAACAAUUACUCGACGUGAUGCAACUAUUGAUCUUGUAUAUAUAAAAGGAUUAUUAAAUGCAUUAUUAUCAUUAAACCCAAACCACAAUAAUAAUAAUAAUAAUAAUAAUAAUAAUAACCAAAUUAAUGGUGGUGGUGAUGGUGAUGGUAUUGGGAAAUCAAGUAUUUUUAAAAGUUCAAUUUUUUUCCAUGGUAAUUUAAUAAAUGAUGAUGAUGAUAGUAAUAUUAAUAAAAAUAUUGAUUGUGCUUUACAAUAUUCUCAUAAAUAUUGUCAAAUAUAUGGAGAGACAUUAAAAAUUGAAGAUGAAUUUCAAAAUAAAGAAAAACAGAAAGAAAAAGAUAAAGGGUCAGAAUGA